AACCAAGACCUGCGGGUAGCAGUGGAACUGUGAGAAAGAGAUAAUCGCACUUGCUCACCCCCCCUCCCCAAGGGUUACCUGUGUCACCCUCGCAAUGACAAGAAGGCCAAUCCAACGGGGGCCUCGACAGGGGAGUUUGGAUGUUGUCCCUCUCGGUUUGUAAAAAGUCCCCCGGGCUUCUGCUGUUUUUGAUGCUUUUCUUGCUUUUGGACUUCCCCCUGGAGUUACCUGAGCUGUGGUCGUGCGGAGAACAGGAGCGAGGCGAGUUAUUAAAAUCAGCUCUGCAGAAACUGAAAGCUGGGCCGCAAUGAGCCGGAGAACACGACGCUGGAUUUUAAGAGUUUUGCUUUGCUUAGGGAUUGUUUACCUCAAAAUUGGUGGCUUUUCAUCGGUGGUGGCCCUUGGUGCGAGUAUAAUCUGUAACAAGAUCCCUGGUUUGGCUCCCAGACAGCGGAUUAUCUGCCAGAGUCGCCCCGAUGCCAUUAUCGUCAUCGGAGAGGGAGCCCAAAUGGGCAUCAACGAGUGUCAGUUUCAGUUCAAAAACGGGCGCUGGAACUGCUCUGCGCUUGGAGAGAGGACCGUCUUCGGAAAAGAGUUGAAAGUGGGCAGCAAAGAAGCUGCAUUCACCUAUGCCAUCAUUGCAGCUGGAGUGGCCCAUGCCAUUACCACCGCUUGCACGCAGGGCAACCUGAGUGACUGCAGCUGCGACAAGGAGAAGCAGGGUUUCUACAGCAAAGGACAAGGAUGGAAGUGGGGAGGCUGCUCGGCAGAUAUCCGCUACGGACUGGGCUUCUCCAAAGUUUUCAUUGAUUCUCGGGAAGUCAAGCAGAGUGCAAGGACCCUAAUGAACCUUCAUAAUAAUGAGGUGGGACGCAAGGUUCUGGAGAAGAAUAUGCGGCUGGAAUGUAAGUGUCACGGCGUCUCAGGCUCCUGUACAACCAAAACCUGUUGGACUACACUUCCCAAGUUCCGUGAGCUUGGCUACAUUCUCAAGGAGAAAUAUGCCAAUGCCGUGCAUGUGGAAGCAUUUAAAGCGAGCCGUAACAAGCGUCCAAAAUUCCUAAAAAUCAAGAAGCCUCAUUCCUACCUGAAGCCGCUAGACACAGACCUGGUGUACAUAGACAAGUCACCCAAUUACUGUGAGGCGGACCCUGUGACGGGAAGCCUUGGGACACAGGGGAGGGUGUGCAACAAGACAAUGAUGCAGCACAUCAGUGGCUGCGACCUGAUGUGCUGCGGGAGGGGAUACAAUACACACCAGUACUCCCGAGUAUGGCAAUGCAACUGCAAGUUUCUGUGGUGCUGCUAUGUCAAAUGCAACACCUGUAGCGAGAGGACAGAGGUAUACACAUGCAAAUGAGAAUAUUUAUUGGAGGCUGUGUGUCUGUAUGUGUUUUGAAUGUGCUUUUGUAUGUAUAAUGGACAGUUUUGUGUUUAAAACCUGCAUUCGCAGUCUUUUCUUUAGUAACGAACGACUACUGUGCUGCGUUUGCAACAAGUUGAAGAUAGGGUACCACAGUUGUUUUGCACAAGAACCUCUUCACCCUUCUUCUUGGUCUCUUUGUUAAGACACGGUAAAACAAUGAUCUAAUGAAACACUGGCUAUGGAAAACUUCAACCUGGAAAAUGGGACAAAGGAAGCAUGGAUUCAGUCACUGAAGCAAAAGCAUCUAAGACUUUAAGCUAAAUGGACUUUCUCUCUGCUUGGAUUUUACAAGAAUCAAAAGAAUUAAGGUGGACGUGAUCCUGAGUAGGACACUGCUGUUCUCUUCCCCAAUGUGCACAGAAAAAAUAGAGAUAGCCAUUUGAAAUAUUUAACAUGCUGUAUUUAGAGAAUGAGACGUAUUAAUAUUAACUUAUUCUAUAAAAAAAACUACUGAUUUUGUCCAGUAUGGUUUGAAAAAUAACUAGAUGUCAACAGUUUUUUUCACUUUCUUUGUAACAAAUAUGUUUAUAGUCAACACACUGGAUUUAAAGUCACGUCGCAGCAUAAUGUUCUUCCAACCGGAACUACUGUAGGCUGCUCACAUCGACUUAUCUACCUUUUUUGUGAGUUUUUCUUCCUUCAGUUGCUGCUAGUUUAGAAACUCCCACUUGUUGAGGUAGAAGUCCAUAUGCUGUACACUUUGUUUUCGCUUCAACCCGGUUCUACUGGACUUAUGUGUCGAGUGAAAACAUGGGCACAUUUUCCAUUGGUAAAUGAUAGUUAAUAGAGUAUAUAUUUGUAAAAGCCUAUUUUUAUAUGAAUGUUUUAUUUAUAUCUAAGUAUUUGUAAGCGUUGAUAGGUGUGGAAAUCAAGAUCUGUCUAUAAGCCCCAUGUGACAAAAAAGCUGGUAUACUGUAUGUCAUUUGGCCCAAGCUGUCACUGCCACCACUUGCUAUAUAUUGUACGAGAUAGAGGCUAUCUAUAUCUGUUUGUGUUCAAACCUUUGUUUACUGCAUUUCAUGACUACUACUGAUGGAAUACAGGAACAGAACUACGCUAACAAAA